AUGUACAGGACCAGGAUAUUUCGUGCCUUAGAUCCUCUGAACGGGAUGGACCAAGAUUCCUACAGGAAUCAAGUUAUCACAUUUGAAGAUACCAAGCCCAGCGCUGGCGCUCAAAAAACACAAAUAUACCCUAUUGAGAAAGCAAUCCCACGCAACUCGGUGCAGAAGACGAAAACACCUUGUUCAGAUGUUGGGUCAACCCAGCCUUGCCCUGGUUCUGGUAUACCGAUGAAGCGAACGUGCGAGACAAUUAUAAAUCAGGCAAUAACCUCAACAGCUCGCAACACCCACCGCCAUUUAGUUCGCUACCAGUUUUCUUCUGAAUUCGCAGUGAGAUCAGAGUGCCUUUAUAUUGAUCCCAUCCUCCAUCCCGACUGGAACGAAAAUUUUGGUGUGCUGUUUUCUCAUAAGGUCAAAGGGGAAAAUAUGGCCCGUGUGUGGGACAAACUGAAGCUGGAACGGGAAGAGGAGGCUCUGGAAUGGUUAACUGGCGUCGACUGGACUGCCGAAGACCCUACACAUUUGUCAAAGCAGUGGAGCAGGCUUCCCCGUCGGCAAAAAGAGACUCUGUGGCCUCCAAUUGCGUUGUGGUUGCUCCUCAAUUCUCCUCGAGCGGCUCUUGCCUUCCUGUUAGCGACAGAUAUUUUGCCAUCUCCUCCGUUUAGCAUGGUCGCGAAAUGCUUUCUUUAUCUCGAUGCCUUUCAUUAUGAAGAGCUUACGCGAGAUGAGCGAUCUAAACAAUACUAUCACGAGGCUUUGCAUACUUGCCUAGACCCGGAGAAGUGGCCAGUACUUAAGGCAUAUGAACGUGGGAUACGCCUUUUCCUUAAACGAGGCACGCCCGAAGAUGUGAAUGAGGCCUUAUCCACUAUCAUAAACAGGAGAAUCCAUAUUAGUUUUGAGACAGCAACGUACCUCAUGGAUCUCUUCACCAAGCAGCGUGAUAUUCCGAGGGCACUGAGCUCUUUAAAUCUAAUUACGGAUAUUCGUGACUACCCUCAAUAUCUCUCGGAUCUAAGAUUUCAAUAUCGUUGCUGCAAGCUUCUCACUUUGGACUAUGUGAUUGAAGGAAAUGAUGAACGGCACUUUAGGAUCUUGCCUGAAAUACUCAAAAUUGGCGUCCCACUCAAUCAACCUAUGUUAAACAUCAUCUAUCGCAAUGCAUUAAAACAAAAUGCUCCUGCGUCAGUCCCGUACGUUCUUCAUGAAAUGGGGGAAAGCGGUAUUCCUCCUGACUCGUAUACCUACAUCUCACUUCUAGAUGAUGCUGUGUCCCGCCGUGACCUCCAGCAUCUUGAUGUGAUAAUACGAGAAAUCAGUAGUCAAGAAACCCUCAGGAAGAACCCAUUUAUUACUAGCAAGAUGCUCCACGUUUUCUAUUCACUGGACCGCGUUAAUCCCGAUGAGGGCUGGGGAGAUACUGAUGUCUUUGGUCGCAUGCUGAAGAUAUACAGUGCUGCACAUGACAUCCAACCGCUCGUGGAUCUAGGUGUCGUCCGCGCAGACGAGUUCACCCUAGAAGAACAUGAAAAGUCCACAAACUCCCCUCCCUCCAGCCAUUCUCUUGUUAUCAUGAUUUCUGCGUUUCUGAGGAUUCAGAGCGUUCGUCAAAUCAAUAACAUGUUCGAUCGUUUUCUAUACCUUCGCGACCAAGGGCAUGAGUCUUUCGGACCGCUGGCGGAAAGUGACUAUAUAUUUAACGUGUUUCUCCAGGAGUUUGCGCAGCGGCGUUCGGGUCGGCUAAAAAACUGCGUCAGGGUACUGGAUACGAUGCUACAACCACUUCCUCCCACCGCAAUUCUGCGAUCUCAAAGCAACCGCCAAAUCAAGCAAGUUAAACCGACCGUUCAGACGUGGACCAUUCUCCUUACCGCGUUUGUCCGCAAUCGACACCCCAACGCCGUCGACAAGAUUCGCGUCAUGAUGCAAGAGCAAGGUUUGAAGUUCAAUGAGGUCACUUGGAAUGUGGCCGUCGCAGGAUUUUCUACAAUGCAGAUGGUGGAUGAGACUGCGAAUGCCGUGAACACUAUGAUGAAGGAAGGAUGGGCUCCUGACGAUUAUACAUUCAAUAGUAUGCAGUGGAUCCAUGAACGUGACCGAUUACUUUCUCUCGUGGAUAAUAAAGCCAGCAUCGGCGGUCGUACACAGUGCGGAUUAGCUGAUGAUGAAGGGUCCGAAGGGCCUGUCGAGAUUGAACGACACGAUGAAUCUUGUGAAAGCGAAGGAUACGAUUAGCCGGUUUAACGCCGAGAGGAUGCGGAGAUGGCGGAUUGACCACUCUCCUAAUUGGUAUAAUACCCUGGGUGGCGUUUUUGAUCAUGAACAUGUAUAUUAUUUGAGACUUGAUUUCUAUUUUUCAUUCUGUUGCACUGUACUGUGGCCCUGAUGGGAAAUGUGGCAUUUUAUUAGGUGUAUACUCAUUGUAUGAAUAUAAGCUCAAGAACGCUAUAGACAGACCCUUGAGUGACAAACG